UUAAAACCCAACUGGCGUCAGUCAACGGCAGCGAUACCUCGUCAGUCGUCAACCAAGCGAUCGAUGUGGCGACGUUGAAUAGUUUUUCUUUUGUUUCUGAAUCGAAAUCGAAAUGUUGGCUUGAAUUGAGUGGAUCGAGCCGAGUGUUGUGCUGUGGCGUGGCGUGGAGUCCAAACGGUGUACGUUUUCAGAAAUCAAAUCAGUUGAAUGCGGAAAACAGUAAUACGAGCACACCAAUAAAAAUCUUCGGGACUAAUUAAAAACGAAAAUAAAAUUUAGUGACAACUACAACAACAGAAACUCUGAUUUAAAUUUCCCCCACAUUAACCAAAAAAAAAAUCCCCUUAACUUCAAAUUACAAGUUCGACAUAGUCACGAGAAUGGCUUUACAGAAAUUAAAAUUGUCAUUGUCUUUGAUUUUGGCCCUUGGUGCGUUGGCGGUCUCUUUGAAUGCCGGCAGUGCAUUAACCCAACAAACGAAUGCUGUCAAAGAAAAGUUGAAAGUAAUGGUUCUCUAUGAGUCAUUGUGUCCGGAUAGUAUACGUUUUAUUGGCUCACAAUUGGGCCCCAACUAUGAUGGUCUAAAGGAUUAUAUCGACAUAACGUUGGUGCCAUUCGGUAAAUCAAAGUCAAUCAACAAUAAUGGCCUCGUUCAAUUCUUCUGCCAACAUGGACCUAAAGAAUGCGAAGGUAAUCGCCAACAGCUAUGCGUUCUGCAACAAACCACGGAUCAGGCAACACAGGUCAACUUUGUCGUUUGUCAAAUGAGAAAGCGUGAUGUGACGGAUAUUCGAGAGUGUGCCGAAUCACUGGGCCUAUCCAGUGACAUUGAUGCGUGCAUGCACAACGGUCUGGGUACCACAUUGCAACUGGAAGCGGAGCGAGUCACAUUCCUAUUCAAGCCACAAUUCGUGCCGACCAUAGUCUACGAUGGUGUUUUCGAUCAGCAAUUGCAGGACAAUUCGUUGCGUGACUUCCGUGGCACCGUGUGUUAUCUGUUGCAACGACGUGGUGAUAUUUCUUUUCAUUCGGAGGUCUGUCAAUAGGAGACGGAGAGGCGACGACAACGCUUGGUUGACAGUUGCAAGUGAGAGAAGAAGAAACAAAACAAAAACGAAACCCCAGCGACCAAAAUUUAUUUUAUGACAAAAGUUAAGUUUUUUU